CGACCGUUGUAUUUUCAAAGCUCAGCUGCGAAUACACCGAGGCUCAAGCCCCUAAAACCAAACCCUAAAAAAACCCUAGAAUUGCAGAAGAAGAAAGAAGAAGAAGUAGAGGAAGAGGUAUUUCCUUGUUUUGUUAAAGGAAUAAGAAGUUGCGCCGCUGUUUUUUUUAAGAAGAAAAGAAGAGGAAGAAGAAGGAGAAGAAGAGGGGUUUCUUGUUAAUGGCGAUUUCUUCGGCUUCAACUACUCCAUUGCGUUUUCAGAGAUUAAGCGAUGGUGAUUUGGCUUCAAGAAAGGCUGAAGAAGCAGCGAACCGGAGAUAUUUAGCGGCUUCAUGGCUCGAAAGCAUGGCUGGGCCUCUCAAUCUAUCGUCUCAUCCAUCUGAGGAAGAGUUUCGGUCUUUCUUGCGCAAUGGUCUGGUUCUCUGUAACACGAUUAACAAGAUCAUGCCUGGAGCUGUACCUAAGGUGGUGGAGAGCCAUGGUGUUUUUCUUCCUUCAGAAGGGCAACAACCAUUGCCAGCCUACCAGUACUUCGAGAAUGUGAGGAAUUUUCUUGUUGCUUUGGAUGAGUUGAAAUUGCCUGGUUUUGAAGCUUCAUAUCUUGAACAAGGGACAUUGGAGGCUGGAUCAACUGUCAAAAUUGUUGAUUGUGUCUUAGCACUCAAAUCAUAUUAUGAAUGGAAACAGUGUGGAGGAAAUGGGUCGUGGAAAUAUGUAGCUUCCAUGAGAUCUCCCAUGGUAGAAAACAGGCAUUUGGACAUGUUUGCAUGCAAUAAGCACUCCAUGGAUGCACCAGAUAAACCUAAAUCCAGUGAUCAGAAUGAUGAACAUCAGGCUCAUAAUGACUUGAGCCGUUUGUUCAAGCAAGUUGCCAAAAGCUUGUUCAAUACGAAGGAGAACAUUGAUCAGAAGUUUCUGGUUUCAGGUCUCUGUGAAAAUGAGGAUCCAAUCAAAGUGCUUGCCAAGAUUCUGUCUAGUUGCCAGCAAGAACAGCAACGGAAUAAGUUUCCUCAGAUAGAUGAAGUACUUAAAGAGAUAUUUGUGGAAGGACAUAACCCCUGUGCAAGUUCAGCACCAAGGACUGCAGAUGACACUUCAACAAUUGAAACUAAGAAGGGUUGCAAAUCAUGCCGAGGAGAUGUCUAUUGCACCCACUGGAGUCUUUUACAAACACAGGAAAAGGACAUAUCAGAACUCAAAGCUUUAUGCCAAAGAGCAAGGAAGGAAUUUGAAGCCCUUCAGAAUCAAUGGCAAACUGACUUAAGACAGCUGGGGAACCAGGUUAGAGACCUUUCAAGUGCUGCGGUUGGGUAUCAUCGCGUGUUGAAAGAAAACAGAAAUCUCUAUAAUGAACUUCAAGAUUUGAAAGGAAACAUUCGAGUGUUCUGCAGGAUCAGACCUUCAAUCAGAGUUGGAAACCCGACCCAGAGUACAAUAGAUUCCAUUGGAGAUGAUGGCUCUUUAAUUAUUGUAAAUCCCCUAAAGCUACAGAAAGACUCAAAGAGGACUUUCCAAUUCAACAAGGUCUUUAGCCCUAUAGCUACUCAAGAGGAGGUGUUUAUGAACACUCAGCCUUUAAUUAGGUCUGUCAUGGAUGGAUAUAAUGUAUGCAUUUUUGCUUAUGGUCAAACUGGGUCUGGGAAGACACACACCAUGUGUGGGCGUUCUGGGGGCUCUGACACUGAUUUGGGAGUCAACUAUCGAGCUCUCAAUGAUCUCUUUGAGAUAUCUCGGAGCAGGAGAGAUGUUGUGAAUUAUAAGGUUAGAGUUCAAAUGGUGGAAAUAUACAAUGAACAAGUGAGAGAUCUACUGGGAACUGAUGCAUCAGCCACCAAGUUAGAGAUAAGGAUUUGUCCAGGAAACAAUGGGUUGAGUGUACCUGAUGCCAGCUUGCAUCUUGUUCAAUCGAGUGUGGAUGUUAUUAAUUUGAUGAACUUGGGUCAGAGGAACCGUGUUAUCUGCUCAACAGCCCUUAAUGAUCGAAGCAGUCGAUCUCAUAGUGUCUUGACAGUGCAUGUGCAAGGUAAAGAUAUGUCAGGAUGCAUUCUGCGCAGCUGCUUGCACUUGGUAGACCUUGCAGGUAGUGAGAGAGUGGAUAAAUCAGAAGUUAUGGGUGAUAGGCUGAAGGAAGCACAGUAUAUCAAUAAAUCACUGUCUUGCCUGGGAGAUGUGAUUGCAGCACUGGCUCAAAAGAACUCUCAUGUACCAUAUAGAAACAGCAAACUGACCCAGCUCCUGCAAGAUUCUUUAGGAGGGCAUGCAAAAGCCUUGAUGUUUGCUCAUGUAAGCCCAGAAAUAGAUUCAUAUGCGGAAACAAUCAGUACUCUGAAAUUUGCUGAGAGGGUAUCCACAGUUGAGAUUGGUGCUGCUCGUUUGAAUAAAGUAAAUGGUGAUGUUCAUGAGCUCAGAGAACAGGUGGAAAGCCUGAAGAAGGCAUUAGCAAGAAAGGAAGCAGAAAUGGUGGCCUCCUCACAGAAAAUGAAAGAACUGAGAUCCCCAAUCGCGAAUCCAAAAGUAAGAAAUGAGCAAUCACUAGUGCGUCCACGAAGGUUGAGCAUCGAGGGCCCAAAUCAAGGGACAAAGGAGCAGAUAACUAAAGAAGAGGAUAUAAAGGGAUCCCAGUCUCCUCUAAAGCCAAAAGCUGUGAUGGAGCACCCUCCACGCUCUCGAAGGUUGAGCAUAGAAAGACCCAGUAAUAUUGUGAAGAAUGACCAGCCAAUGAAGCAAGUCGAUUCAAAAGGUUCCAAAUCUCCUCUGCUUAAACCAAAACUAAGUGUUGAACACCCUCUUAACUGUUCUCGGAGAGUAAGUAUAGAAGGCAAUAACAUUGGUUUGAGUGAGCAGACAGCAAAAGCUAAUGAUACAAAGGAACCAAGAUCUCUUCUUCCAAAGCCAAUGUCAACAUCUGAAUGCACUCCAACUAGAGCUCAGCAGUCCAGUUUGGGUGACCCUGAAAGUGGAAGGAAUGAGGACCGUAUUCGAACACCACAUACUGCCCAAAGAUGUAUGAUGAAUGGCAUUGCCAUGAAUGAAGUGUAUUCUGAGGCCUCUGAAGUUAAUUCUCGAACUGCAUAUGGAAAACAUCAGGAGACCGUUGCUAGAAGCACAGCCGAGAGGUGCCUUCAGUACAUGGCUGAAACUACUCGAACUGUUGUUGACCAGGAUGUACAGCUAGCAAAAUUAGGGAGUGGCAUAAAUUUACAACUCCAACUCCAAAAAACACCUGAGCAGCUAAGACAAAUAAAUAAGGAUGAUGACAACAGUGAGAAGCAAAGAGAAACAAGUUUUAUCCCCAACUAUUCACAAACGAGCUCGAAUUCCAGUAGAAAAGGAUCUCAGCUUCGGAAAUCAUUUCUAACAAUUGGGAGACUUAUCCAUGGCUCUGAGAAAAGAAAUCAUCAGUCCAUGUCACAAACAUCGUCACCAAUGUAUAGUAAUGGUCCCAUCAAGGGUGAUGGGAGAUCCCCUACAUCCUCGAGCAUCCCAGUUUUGCUUAAGAGGCAGUCACUGACUGGUGUGCAUUCUUUGGAAUUCGUGAGCUCAAGGAGAUCUUCUCUUGGUGGGAGAUCCAUUGAUUCAUGUAAGUUGAUUUAUGCAGUUAAUUUUACUGUUUAGAUUCUGAUUGAUUGUAUUGUUAGGAUUAAGUUUGCAUUUUCAUUGAAACUGCUGGGUAGAAUGUUUUCACUUGCUUUGUUGCAUGUCUGUUCAUCCAUUUUGUGUGUGUGUGGGGGAGAGAGAGAGAGAGAGAGA